GACUGGGCCGUAGUGCAUCGCCUGUGCGGCUGGCCGGCAGCGAGAGGUUUGGAAAUAUUAUAGUGCCUGUACGAGGUGGCGCAAGAAGUUUGCACCCUCAUUGUCGCCAGUUGCAGGGCGGUGUGCCCUUUUUAAUAACGACCAUCGCAGUGGCUGGCGCUCAAUCUUCGAACAGAACUUUCUGGGAUCACUGAACGGUGCAAUCCUAGUGCAUAGUUAGCAGUGGAAGCGAUUGCAGCGAUUCUUUGGCCGAACCAGUGACCAAGUGCAGUGCGCGAGCAGAAUGGAUGAUCUGGACAAAGCCCAGUUGGAGCUCCUUCGCAAUGCGUUCAACGCGUUCGAUCAGGAGAAGAAGGGAUGUAUCGGCACGCAGAUGGUCGGUACGAUCCUCAGCAUGUUGGGCCACCAGCUUGACGAUAAGAUGCUGAAGGAGAUCAUCGACGAGGUCGAUGCCGACGGUUCCGGUGAGCUUGAAUUCGAGGAGUUCGUCACGCUAGCGGCCCGGUUCAUGGUGGAGGAGGAUGCCGAAGCGAUGCAGCAGGAGCUUAAGGAAGCCUUCCGUCUGUACGAUAAGGAGGGCAACGGCUACAUCACCACUGCUGUGCUGCGCGAAAUCCUCAAAGAGCUGGACGAUAACCUGACUAACGAGGAUCUGGACAUGAUGAUCGAGGAAAUCGAUUCUGAUGGUUCCGGAACCGUGGACUUUGACGAAUUCAUGGAAGUCAUGACUGGUGGCGAUGACUAAGCAUCAGCACUGGCAGCUUUACCGAAGACAAUUCUUUUGCAAUUAUCUCAAAACUAAAAGUAACAAAAAACAAAUCAGAAACAUGCCUUCGUAAAAGUUUCUUUCCGUCAUUGUGCAUCGAAGAUCUACACACUCGGAGUAGCCAUCCUGGCCUCCUGAAACCUUCUGAGCUGCUUCCUAAGAAGGCCGGCCCCUGGAUCGGUCGAACCCGAAGCGUCGAAAUACAUCCGUUGCUGCUAUAAGGUUGUUCAAAGCAUACAUCUAUCGUCGUUCCGUUCUACGUUUGUAUCGACGCGGUUGGUAUUCGACGGUUUUCCGGCAUCCGUCAGGGCGCUCUGAGCUUCUGUUAUUGGAACAAUAUUUUUCAACAAAAAAACGGGUUGUUGGUUUGCGGCAAAUGUGAAGGUGAUGUUGAUCUUCUAUUUUCUAUGCGAGCAGUGCAGUGCAAACAACCUAAAGAACCAAUAAACAACACAGACAAAAAACUGG